CCGGUUCUCCCCCAUGGCCAUUGAUGGGGUGACCAGUCUGGCUGGCAUCAACAUCCCGGGGCAUGCGGGCACCGGCUGGUGCAUCUUCGUCUAUAACCUGGCUCCGGACGCAGACGAGAGCAUUCUGUGGCAGAUGUUUGGGCCGUUUGGCGCCGUCACAAACGUCAAGGUCAUCCGGGACUUCAACACAAACAAGUGCAAAGGGUUCGGAUUUGUCACCAUGACUAACUACGACGAGGCAGCCAUGGCCAUCGCCAGCUUGAACGGAUACCGCCUCGGGGACAGAGUUCUGCAAGUCUCGUUCAAAACCAACAAAACGCACAAAGCCUAAUCUCCAUCUCAGAUUGUUUAUAGAAAACUCUACAGAAAAUGGAAAAACCUAAAAUGGAAACCUACCGACCGUAAACUUUCUACAUUAGUAAAAACAUAUUUGUAAAUCAGUGUUACGAAGGGAAACUAUUUAGCGUCCAACAGUGUUUUCUUUGUGUUCCUUCAUUGCUAGGCUUUGAAACUUCUUAAAAUACUUUGCGUUGAAGCAGAAAAAAUACUGCAGGUUUUCACGCCUGUCUUUAAAUCUGGACCUUUUAAAAAUGUUACUGAUAAGGUUUUUUUUGUUUUUUUUGUUGCACUUCUGCUUUGAAAACAGUAAGUCUUGUAAGGCUUUGUGUAGUGAUUUUCUUUGUAUUUUUCUGUGUCCUGAUUUUGCCUAGGUGCGUUUUUUGAGUCUUAAGUGGUUAACAAAGUAUUUAUUUUUGACUAUUCUGUUUUUGUAAUUUUCUUUUGUUAGUAUUAUGUUUAUCGUAAUAUGAGUUAUUGGUUGGCUGCAGAAUAUUGCUUAUUGUAAAAUGAAUGGAGAAAAAUAGAAAAAUAAUCUUAAAGCAGUACCUUGCCAAAGAGCUAAGAACCUCUUUGAUGUGGGUUUAAAAAGCAUCUAUUUUUAUAAAAAGACAAAUUUGGAGAAACUUUUUACUGGACCUGGAACAAAUAUUUUGACUUGGAUACUUUGAGAAAUAUCUUCAUAUGACACCUUACCAGGAAGUUUGCAGUGGUUGACAUUUCUGGAGAGAUUUCUGACGUAAAAGAUACCUUUUGAGAUCUUUGUAUUAUCUUUCGAUUCUAGAAUCCAUGGCAGUGACGGUUUCAUUUGUAAAAUCAUCUGUGGGUUGUCCUAUCAUCCUGGUUGUUAUGACUAGCAAAUCCAAUUCACUAUUUUGAUUUGGAAACAGACAGAAAAAAAUACGAAGGUUUAUUUGCAAAAAGUGCAUGCAAAAUUAUAGUGGAAAUAUCUUCAAGGUAAAGGGGGGGAUAAAAAAUCAGUUCUUCCUAAAGAAUUCCCUUCAGACAGAGCUCUCAUGGUGGUUUGUGCUGUACUUACUAUAUCAUUGACUCAUUUUGUCUUUAUAUUAAACAAAUAAGGGUUUUACCUACUUUGUAUGAAAGUGGGAGGAGAGGACAAGCUGACGAAGGCAGCAGAUAAAGAAAACUAGUUUGAAUGAACAAUGGGAAAGAUUACUCCUGGGCUUAGAGCUAUGUAAAUAAGUCUUAUUUUUUAUUUAUUUUUAUGUUGAGUAUUUAGCUAGCAUAUUUUUGUUUUUUUGGACUGUAUGGCAAAGUGCUUUUUUAUUUACAAGUAACUACAGUGUGAUUUUAUUUCUUUUUGGGGAUAUUGCCUUAUUUUGAUUUCAGUUCGACUUUGAAAGUUGUUUACAUUCAGUUAAAAUACUUGAUUUGUUGUCCUAUGGACUAGCAUUACAGUGUCAGAUUUGUUGGUGAUUUGGUCUUUAGAUGGUCUUGCUUCUUCUAUUAAGAACUAUAGACAUUUAAGUUGAUUUGUUUUAUAUAUAAACAUUAUAGAUAUAUAUUUAUGUGGUAAAGAAUGGAUAUAACCCAGUUUUUAGCUAUUUGAUUACUUUAUUUUAUUCGUAUAUACGUAAUGCAUAAUAACCUGUCUUAAAAAUCGUAAAAGGUGUAUAUUGCUUUAUUCACUUGAAGCGGUUCCAUGACCAUAUCAAAAAGGGUGGCAAGAGAUUUGCCCGAAUAACAUCUUGCUUAUCUCGGAACAAACGGAGGCUGGUCAAGCCCUUAGAUGCACUGAGUACUGCACCUGCAUCUUGCUUUGUCUUGAGCUCAUUACUAGUCAUGCUUCUCCUUAACGAGCAGUGUGCUGUGCAUUAUUUAUAUAUAUUUGCAACUGCUUUUCUUUUCUUGUUUUUGACUUUUUUUUUUUUUUUUUUUGGGUUACUUGUACAAGUUAAACUUUGAUUAUAGAUUAGCUGUGACACUGCUGCUGUGUGGGAGGGGCACCCAUUUUCUCAUGCCCAGCCUCUCACUGGUCUUGAUUGAGGGGGGCUCUGACCAUCUAGGCAUGGAAAAAUGAGUCCCCC